GAGACGAAGGGCAGAGUGGAGAUGGGCAGCAGACCGUGCAGCCAUCGUCAGUCGUUGGAAUUGGCUCCAAGCCCACGUCUCAGACCUGGAAUACCGAAUCCGGCAGCAAACGGAUAUUUACAAGCAGAUUAGAGCCAAUAAGGGGCUGAUAGUUCUUGGUGAAGCAUCACCACCUGAUCCUGCGGUAGAUGAUGCAUCCCGUCCCGUUAGUACUGAAGUUAAGCUGGAGCCUGGGGCUGACCGGCUGAGUGUUUCUGGAUCCCAGCCACUAGAGAACCUGGGUGUUUCUGCUGCAAAUACGCCUGAAUCCCAUCCUGCCAAGCCCUGUGGAGCACCAAGACCCGUCAAUGGAGUUAUUAACACGCUUCAGCCUGGCCUGGCAGAACAUGCUCAGGGAGAUGGCCCAGAAGCUGAGGAGCUCUUGCAUAAAAAGCAACGACUGAACAUGGUUUCCUCAUCUUCUGAUGGAACAUGUGUAGCAGCUCGCACUCGCCCAGUACUGAGCUGUAAGAAGCGGCGGCUUGUCCGACCUAGCAGCAUUAUGCCCCUUUCCAAAAAGAUCCAUCGUAAUAGCCUGGCACGGUGUAGCUGUGACGUGAACCCUUCGUGUGCUCUUUGUGGCUCUCGAAGCUCGACGACUCUGGAAAUCCAGUAUGAUGCCCCUUUGCUGGAGCGCCUCUCCCAGCUGGACUCAUGUAUUCAUCCUGUUCUAGCAUUCCCUGAUGAUGUACCAACAAGCCUCCACUUCCAGAGCAUGCUGAAAUCUCAGUGGCAGAACAAACCCUAUGAGAAAAUUAAACCUCCCAAAAAGCUCUCGCUCAAGCACAGAGCCCCCAUGCCUACCAGCAGCCUGUCUGACCCUGCUCGCAAGGACCGCCACAAGCUGGUGAAUUCGUUCUUCACUGCAGCCAAGCGCUCACAUCAAAAAAUCCAACCAGACAAGGCACACAGGCCGCCCUUAGACGAUUUUACGGCCGUGUCCAAGGCCGAGAGAGCGCCAGAGCGCUCACUUGUCCAGCCUCCUGCCUAUGACAAAAAGCGAUUGCGAGACUGCUCAUCUGAGAGGAGUGAAGUGUUGAAGCACCACACAGACGUCGGUGGCCCAAGCUACUUGUCAGCAGCUGUGACCCCCACACCUCAUAGCCCUAUAGCACGCCAGCUGUCCACCUCCUCAGAAAGCUCUGCUCCUGCCAGUACAAGUUCACAGGGCGCCUCCAACACAGCUCAGCCAAGGAGGAGGAGAGGAGAAAGUUCAUUUGAUAUCAAUAACAUCGUCAUCCCGAUGUCUGUUGCUGCAACAACUCGUGUAGAGAAACUGCAGUAUAAAGAGAUCCUCACACCCAGCUGGCGUGAGGUGGAUAUUGGUGCUCUGAAAGCGAACUCUGAUGAAGACAGUGAGGAGAUUGAGGACUUGUCUGAUUCGGCCUUCACUGCUCGACAUGGCAAGUGCGAAGAGAUGGAGCGGGCUAGGUGGCUUUGGAGCACGAGCAUGCCGCCCCAGCGGCGGGGCAGCAGGUCUUACAGAUCGACAGACGGACGGACGACCCCUCAGCUGGGGAACCCCUCGACUCCCCAGCCAGCAUCCCCUGACGUGGGCAACUGCCACUCCCACUCGGAGCUGUCCCACACCCACUCACCGCGCAGUCCCAUCAGCCCCGAACUGCUCUCUGCCCCCCUCACUCCCUUGUCCCGUGACUCCAUGCGGCUUCUGUCCAGCGAGGACACCCGUUGCUCCACGCCCGAGGCCGGCCUUGAUGAGCAGGCUGUACAGCCCUGGGAGCGACGCACCUUCCCGCUGUCGUACGAUCCCAGGACAGAGUGCGAGGACCAAUCUGACCCCCAAGACCGGUCGUCGCGCUGCACCCGGCGCACGUCAGGCAGCAAAUCCUCCCGGGAGACCGACGGCACUUCUGCUUUGCCCGCCGUGGCCAGCCUCAAGAGCCGGAACCCCCUGGCGGCCCCCUCUUCCUCUUCCUCCGCAGCAGUUCAGCGGCCAGCGCACAGAUAGAGACGUACGGGAAGACAGGAGCAAAACCAACAUACAGAACUAACUCUUGGCAUUAAAGCUUCCAAAAUCUGCGUUUGAUAUUCAAACAUCCUGCCGGGAAUUUUCACAGUUUUUAGUGAAUUUAAGGAGUUUAGAAACUGUUUUUUGUUUUUGUUUUUUUCCAUGUUUCCUUGUCACACGAAAUGAGAGCCCCCAGAUUCCUCCCAGCGGAGUGAAGCCUUGGGAGGGGAGCAGCCCACCAGGCCCCCUCCCUCUUCUCCUCCCCUCCCCUCUUAGGUGUAUAAAACUAGAGCACAGGAUUUAGCUGACUAGCAGACUUCGGGGAUAGUUUUUCUCAAGCAAAAGGGUGUCUUUUUCUCUUAACCCUCUCCCCCCUCCCUGAAAGGUUUUAGUGGAGUGAAAUUAGUGGUGAAAAGUGAUGUCUUGGGAUUGCAACCUUCACUAGCUGUCUGUCUGUCCUCACAUGCAGAGGGCCCACCCUGCACUGCCACCCUCCGGCGUUUUCCUUCCCUAGGUUGUAGUUCCAGGUGUCCCGAGGGGUGACUGCCCCGCCGCUGUCCCCCCCGCCCCC